UGUUUGUCACCUGCAAGUCUUUCAAUGUUUCCUGCUAAUAUCGUUGUGCGUACGCUUACCUAGUCAUUCACUUUGGAGAUUUUUCAUUUUUUGAGAUGGUCCUUCCGGUGUCCUCAACUGGAUUUCUUCUCUCGGCCCUUGUUUCUGUUUCUGUGCAAGGAAUAUUUGUCGUCAAAGCACAAAGACUCAGCGAAACGAGAUCAAGGGUGCUCCCCUCGCUCUGGAUCCCUUUGGCUCUUUUUGAACUUGGGGCUGCAAUUUAUUGUGUCGCUGAGAGGUGAGGGUUUCGCUCGAACAUCAGAUCUACUGUCAGGAACGCGUCAUAGUUUUCAAAGUGGGAAGAAUGUUUUCUUUACCGCGUCGCUG